AUGUGGGACGGGAGCGAUGGAAAGAUGGCGGCUGCUAUGGUACAAAUGUCAUGUAUGUACCGGGGCAUGUUAGCGGUCAGAGCCACCGGCAUCAGGACGCUGAUUCCCGGGCUCAUUCCGGCGCAAUUCCGGGCCUUCUCGCUGCGGAAGGAGCCGGAGCUGGAGGAGAAUCCGUAUUACAACCAAUACCAGGACAAGAUCCAGAAGCUACGCAGCUCCAAACCACAGGAGUACAAGGUUCGACUAGACCAGCGUCAUGAGGCCAAGAAGGAAGUGCUCGGACACUCGAAGCAGGCGGAGUUCGUCCGGCUCAUGGAGCAGGAGCUGGAGCAAAGGGACAAGAUGGCUGCCGAUGACGGGACAUCAGGAGGUUUUACAAAGAACAAGACGCUGAGCUCCAUCCUUAACAUGGAGAUGAUCCAGGAAAAGACGGGCGAGGAGAUCACAGAGCUUUGGAUGAAAUAUUUUUCAGCCAAGGACACGAUUAGCGCCGCCAUCCCAGCCCAGAUCUAUGAGACAAUUAUCAACAGGUCAAAGUCCUGCCCGAUGUUCCUCUACGCUUUGCCUCAGAAGGAAGGCUACGAGUUCUUUGUGGGUCAGUGGUCCGGUCACGAGCUCCACUUCACCUCCCUCAUCAACGUCCAGACGCAGGGUGAGAACGCUCCCAGUCAGCUGAUCCUCUACCAUUACACAGAGCUGAAGGAGGAGAAGGGCGUGGUCCUCAUGACGGCUGAGAUGGACGCCAGGUUUAUUACCGUCCACCAGGCCCAGUGCUUGGCCAACCAGGUGCAGCUGUUCUACGGCACACAGAGGCAGGAGACGUACCGACUGGUGGAGCUGUUCAACCACCAACCUGCAGACUUCAGACACAUGUUGGUGAUCGCAGAGCUGGAGCAGAGCGGCUUGGGUCCUGCAGUCUCUCUUGAGAGCUCGUAGGGAAGUCGUGGAUGGACUGAGGUCGCCAUCAGAUCAUCUGCGUGCCUGAUUUACCAGAAACUGUUGCUCUUCAAUUUACAGCUUCUCUGCUGAGGGUCGCUCCACUGAGUGUGAAGUUUGCAGCAGCAGCAGCAGCGGCUGUGAUUCAGGCUCAAAGGAGCACAGGCUGCUUCUUGUGAACCAUGAACUGUCUGGGUUCUCCUUAACCUGUGUCACACAUUAUUUCUUUGUGCAGAAAUAUGGAACUACAGGAGGUUUAAUGUGGUUAUUAUUCAGUAAAAUAACGUAAAAACAUAUGAAGAACAUAGUGUCACUGUAUUCUUCUUUUCAAAAGUAUCUAUUCUCAGAAAACUUGUACAUUUAAUGCUGAAAUAAAUACAUUAGUGUCUCCACCCUUUUGCCCUGUAAACUAACUGUUAAGACAUUAAGUUAAGGAAAGUGUCAUGGACAUGGACCAGGUGGUAUUGUCAAUAAAAACAUAAAAUAUUC